AUAUGAAAGUAGAAAUCCGUUGUCAAUGGAAGCCACAGGUUUACUUGAGUGAAUUCUUUCUACACGUGGAAAGUUAUAUUCGUUGGACAUGAUAUAUCAUCCCAAACGGGAAACUACAACCACUUGAUCCUAGAUUUUUCUUUUUUCUUUUUCCAAAUCUUGUCGUUGGAGCCUAUUUUCCUCCAUUGCAUUUUAGAGUUCAUAAGAUACUAACAUGUUCAACUUGGCUUGUGGCUUCUGGUGUUCGUGUUGGGAAUCUUAUAACGACAGGGAGAAAAUGUCUGGAGCAGUUAUGACCAUGUUAGUGUCUGUAAUUUUAUCUUUCUUGUUUCUGUGGAAUGUCAUCAAGAGAUCAAAUAAGGGAAUUUCUCCACUGCCACCGGGUCCUCGUGGCUUUCCAGUACUUGGGUACCUUCCGUUUCUUGGUACUGAGCUACACAAGAAAUUCACAGAAUUAGCUGGGGUCUAUGGCCCUAUCUACAAGCUAUGGCUAGGAAACAAGUUAUGUGUAGUGAUUAGCUCACCAUCAGUAGCUAAAGAAGUUGUACGUGACCAAGACGCCACAUGUGCUGACCGUGAUGCGUCCAUCGUAGCAAAGAUCGCCACAUAUGGUGGAAAUGAUAUUGGCUGGUGCCCCUAUGGCCCUCUAUGGAAAAAGCUGCGCAAGCUAUUUGUAGGUAAACUCUUGAGUAAUGCAAGCCUUGAGGUCCUUAGUGCUCUAAGAAAACAAGAGAUUAAGAAUAGCACUAGGAAUGCAUAUAACAAAAUUGGCAAGCCCAUAGAUAUCGGUGAAUUAGCAUUUCUAACAAGCAUAAAUACAAUCAUGAAUAUGCUGUGGGGUGGCACACUUGAAGAAGAGGCAAGCAAUAAGGCUAGAAAAGAAUUCCGAAAUCUAUUGGCUGAAAUGAUGGAGAUAACGGGAAAACCAAAUAUUUCUGACUUUUUUCCAAUGUUAGCCAUGUUCGACUUGCAAGGUUUAAAGAAGCAAGCAGAGAAGAUCGUGCAAGGUUAUGAAUCAUUUUUUUAUAACUUAAUAGAGAGAGCUGAACAAUUAACUGAAGCCAGUAUGGAAAAGAAUAAACAGAGGGAUAACUUCUUGCAGCUUCUUUUGGAUCUUAACAAGCAUGAUUCUACGGAAAUGUUGCUUAGCAAAAACGAGCUAAAGGGCUUGCUCAUGGAUAUUGUGACUGGCGGAACAGACACAACAUCAACAAUGGUUGAAUGGGUAUUUGCAGAGGUAAUGAAACAUCAAGAAAUAAUGGAAAAGGUCCAGCAAGAAUUAGAUGAAGUUGUGGGGUUGAAUAACUGUGUGGAAGAGUUCCACUUGCCCAAACUAUGUUAUCUAGAUGCUGUGGUUAAGGAGACACUCCGCUUGCAUCCUGCACUUCCUUUGCUAGUGCCUCGUCGUACAAGUCAACCAUGCGAACUAGGAGGAUAUACCAUUCCCAAAGGAACUACAAUUUUCCUAAAUGUUUAUGCUAUUCAUAGGGAUCCUCAGUUUUGGGACAAUCCCUUGGAAUUCAGGCCUGAGAGGUUUUUAAACAACAUAAAUGCCGGAAAUUUUGAUUUCUCUGGCAACAAUUUUCAGUAUCUUCCAUUUGGAUCAGGAAGAAGAGUUUGUGCUGGGCUGCCUCUGGGAGAGAAAAUGUUGAUGUACCAAGUGGCUACAUUUCUGCACUCAUUUAACUGGAAGUUACCCAAUGACACAGAGCUAGAAUUAUCGGACAAGCAUGGGAUUGUUAUUAAGAAAUUGAAGCCUUUGGUUGCUAUACCAACACCUAGACUAUCUAAUUUAGACCUCUACUAGGGGGAGAUGUAUCUGCAUAUUUCCUUUCAAGUUACAAAGCAACACUCAUAAAAUGGCUUGCCUUGCCAACCUAGUUUGGAAAUAAUUAUUGCUGUAUCCGAAACUUAUUCCCUUCUCCUGAAUAUGUAAUAUUAUUUUGUUCUUAUAAACAGAUUGCUGUAGUAAACUACUAAAAUACUAUUCACUCGAAUACUUUCUUUGUCAA